AAUAAUAUGAAUCGUAGUGUAAUAAUACAGUUACGGAGAUGGUAUAUAAGUAGGCUACUCAAAACUUAUCAGAUACUAAAGAAACGGAAGAAACAAGUUGAACAGAGCCUAUACGAGAGUUGAACUCCAACUCUAAUUCUAACCUACGAAACGUAGAUAAAAACGGAACGAGAUCAAUCACAUAAACUCGAGGGAACCCUAGAAUACUUCGAGAGCUGUAUAAAUACUGAUCCCAACCUUCACUUUCUUUCACCCAGAGCAGAGCUCGAUCAAUAUAUACAUACACAUAUACGUAUGCGCGCGCGCACACACACACAUAUAUAUCUAAUUGCGACCCUUCGUUUUAGCCAGUAACAAGCCCUGAAAACACCUUUGAAAUCUUCCCCUUUGUGAGACGAAUCCAACAGAGAAAGAAUCGUGGAAAAUGGAUGUCGGAGUAGGGAGCAAUAGCUCACCGGGCAAACUUUCACGGCGGAAAACGAGAAAGAGGGGGGAUACCGCCGCCGCCGCCAAUCCGUUGCUGACCAUCCCCGUCCCAGAAUUAGUGCUCCGCCGCUGCCGUUUCACGCAUCCAACGAGGUGAUUUUAUAGAGACCGGAAUUGAGGAAGAGAUUAGGAGCACCAGGACUUAAGGUAACUGCAUUAGCAUCUGGUUAUCCUCAGGCUGGACAAGAGUAGGAAUGUGCUGUAAAAUGGAUCCAGACCCCACAAUGGGGUCAACAUAAUAGAGGUGGGUAAAGUAUUCAACAGCAGCAUCUCCUAUUUCAGAUGGAGCGUGGUAGACAUUCUGUAGAUGUGGGUAAUCUCCAACGCAACCGCAAGAGGGAGAUUGCAUCGACUCGAUCUACUUCACGCAAAGGCAAAGGUAAAGCGCGGGCCGAGUCUUCUUUUCAAAGUCGAGAUGAUUUUGAAACGGAUUACCAACGGCGAGAUGAUAUGAUUAUGUCCGACGAGCAACUACAACACCUAUUGUCCCAAAAUGAUCCACGUUUUGCACAAGAACAACAAUUCCCGACAACCAUCGAUGAAGAGGAGCUCGAGGAUAACGAUGUGGAGGAGGACGCGGGGGCGACGGGACUCCGGAUGAUGAGCAAGAGUUGGAGGACGAGGGCCGUUCAACGACUACAACCCAAAUUGGUAAGAAAUCUAAAUCUCCUAUUAUUGAAAACAAUUAUACAAAAAGGAAAGACGAACAAACCGAAAAAUGGUACGCAAGUUACAAUCAUUGCAAGAAAGAGUUUAGCUUGGGAACUUCUGGCGGAUACGGGAGUCUCAAAAGGCAUCUUCAGUCCGCCCACUUUGUGGAGUAUGCAAAAAUAGACAAAGGUAAGGGGAAGCAAACACAAAUAUCGAGGUUUGCAAAUUCUCAACCCUUUGGUAAUUUUUCCUAUGAUGAUAAAAAACAUUUGACUUGUAUGUCUCAUUUAAUUGUUGAAGAAAAUUUACCCUAUAUUUUUUCCGAAAGUCUUGCUUUAAGAGAUUAUGCUCAAGGUACUUUAAACCCUCAAUUUAGAAAUUAUAGUCGCAAAACGAUUAAAAAAGAAGUUAUAAGGCAAUAUAACUUGGAAAAAGAAAAAUUACAAAUAUUUUUCGCAAAGUUUGAUGGACGUGUUAGUAUUUGUAGCGAUAUAUGGGAGGAUACUUAUCAUCAUUUAUAUUAUUUGGGUCUUACUGCACAUUAUAUUGAUGAUGAUUGGAAUAUGCAUAAACGUGUUCUUGCUUUUCAUGAUUGGAAUAUUCAAUGAUCGUCACACUGCUGAUAAUAUUUAUAUUCUCAUUGAACGUAUUUUAACUGAGUAUAAUUUGAUUGAUAAGGUGUUUGCUGUAGGUUUUGAUAAUGCUAGUAAUAAUACUGCUGCUAUACCUAGAUUACGUGAAUUGUGUGGUGCUUCUACAUUGAUGGGUAGGUUUUUUCAUCAACGUUGUGCAUGUCAUAUUCUAAAUUUGUGUGUACAAGAUGGCUUAGCGGCAUUAGGAAAUGCUUUGGAGGUAGUGAAGGGGGGAAUUAAAUUGAUUUGGGCUAGCACUCCACUAAAAAUGCAAUGGCGGCAAUAUUUGAAGGAUAGACGUGUCAAUUAUUGUGCUUUUCCUAAAGAUUUGUCUAUUCGUUGGAAUAGUACUUAUAAUUUAAUUCAAGCAGUUGUUAGAUAUAAAGAUCAUUUUUCAGCUUUUUUAAGACAAACUUGUAACUAUAUUAUAAACCCGGCUGACAUCGACACUUGUGAAAAAAUUGUUAAUGUUUUGGCAUAUUUUAAUAACGCAACUCUAACUUUUAGUCAUGUUUAUAAACCUACCGAAGCCACUUACGUUAGUUAUUUUGUGAUUUCAUGAAACAAAAGUUUUUAAAAUAUUAUUCACAUAUUCCGCAUAUAUAUGGUAUUGCAUUUGUUCUUGAUCCUCGUUAUAAACUUGCUUACUUGGCAAAUUGUAUAGAUUACUAUUAUGCUUCUUUUUUUCCAACUCAAGAGUUCGAUGAUAAUCCCAUCGACCCUAGAUAAGAAUUCAACGAGGUUAGUAAUUUAUUUCAUCAAUUGUAUAAUGAAUUUCAUGCACAAUAUGGUAAUGCACCCCCUCCCAUGCAACGAACAUCUUCUUCAUCUAAAGGAAAAUCACUUUUAAAAUCCGCUUUUGGUUCUCUUUUGAAAAAAGGUAGAGCAACUCCCGCUACUGAACAAAGCUCAGGUAACGAGCUUUCUUUGUAUCUAACAUUGAAUGUUGAUUAUGAAGUUGGUGAUGACUUUGACGUUCUUAAGUGGUGGAAGGAAAAUGAAAGAACAUUCCCGAUUUUAUCAAAGAUGGCUAAGCAAGUGCUAGCAAUGCCGAUAUCAACCGUUGCCGUGAAACAAGAAUUUAGUGCGGCCGGCAACGUCCUAACCGAUUAUAGAACGAGGUUGAGCCCGAGCUCUCUUGAGACACUAGUUUGCUUUCACGAUUGGUUGAAGGCCCAACGAAGAACUCAAGAAAUUACCAUCACUCCCACCCGCCACUUUAUGGAGGAAACAACCGAAGGCGGAGAUUCCGAUUGAUUUUUUAUUACAAAAUGUAUUACAUUUUUUAAAUUCAUCCUAAUUCUCAAUUGUACUUCUUACUUGAAAUAAAUAUACUUCAAUUCG